AUGAGACCCGUUAUAGCGGUCCCAGCCAUUGCUGCGCUAGUCUACAGAGCGUACUCACGAAAAUCACUGACCCCAGUGGGAAUCCUUGCAGCGUUCGCGACAGCAGUUGUGCACGCUUUACAUCCGUGGAGUGUAUUCCUCGCGCUUCUUGCAGUCUUCUUCUUGGCUGGCAGUACCGUGACAAAGGUUAAACAUGAUAUCAAAGCGAAGUUGACACAAUCCGCGACAGGUGCAUCUGGUGGGGAAGGUACCCGCAAUCAUGUUCAAGUCAUUGCAAACUCCGGCGUAGCCUCGGUGCUAAUAUUACUGCACCUCUGGCAGCUAAAGGAAGAAGGGAGAUACGUCGAACAGGAUCUGUGUUGGCACAGAGGGAGCGAUGCGCUGGUGGUAGGCAUUGUAGCCAACUAUGCCGCAGUGGCCGCAGACACGUUCUCUUCGGAACUCGGUAUCCUCUCAAAAUCGAAGCCACGUCUUAUAACCGCUCCUUGGCGUGAGGUCCCGCCUGGUACGAAUGGAGGGGUGACAGCGACUGGACUUGGUGCCGGCCUGCUCGGAGCUUUCAUACUCUCAGCCACGUCUACACUGUUCGUGCCCUUCUGCAAAGACUGGAGCUUCUCCGAGAAGACCGGGUUUACACUUGCUUUGACCGCUGCUGGCUUCAGUGGAACACUCCUCGAUUCGCUUUUGGGUGCUCUCGCCCAAGCCAGCGUCAUUGAUGUGCAUUCGGGCAAGGUUGUAGAGGGCGAAGGAGGCAGAAGAGUUCUUGUACGCAGCAGUAACCCGCUUCAUCUUUCGAAGACAGGUCAAGUACGAAGUAAAGUCAGCAGUAGUUCGGAAGGCGAGAAUGGCAUUGCAAAGACGAGCGGAGCGGACACUGCGGCGUCGGUCAAGGCAUCGGAGACGAUGCUGAAAUCUGGAGCGAGCGGCAAUGCAGUCGCGGAUAUGCAACAUGAGAGUCGAAAGAUCGAAGUCGGAAGGGAUUUGCUAGACAAUAAUGCUGUCAACAUUCUUAUGGCAGGUAUGGUCAGUGUUGGAGCUAUGGUAGUUGCUUGUGUAGUUUGGGGAUUGCCUUUGAGCAGCAUGGUUGGAAUCUAG